AUUUGUGAAAUAAGAAGUAAUUACCACAUUGAAUUUGACUGAGUGACUAGGAAAGAUCUAUUAGCUUUCUGCAUAAAAUGAUACUUAAUGUGAGGCUCAUUUUCCUGGUAGGAAAUAGGCUUAGAAAGACUAGGAGAGAUGAGUAGCUACAGACUUAGUCUGUAACUAAGAUAUGUAGUUACAGCCUAAGUCUGUAACUUAAGUCUGGUGUUUUCAUUAGAGAUUUCUUGUUCUUAAGCUGUCUCACAAUAUACAUAGAUAUAGGCAGCACACUAGAUGUCAGCCUUGUUUGAGGAGUUUGGUGGCUGUUGUAUGAACAAAUACAGUUUUCUAAAGUUGUCUCUGUAAAAGAUGGAGUACCACAAUCAGAGUAAUGAGCUUUAAUACAGCAGCUUCCAGGCUGGGCUCUAAUCUCUUUUUAAUGUCAAGUAUUGCUCAUCUGAAUUCCCUUUAAAUGUCCAAGUUUUUAUCUCAUGUUAUGCUUGUAAAAUUUUUUUCUCCCCCUAUGCUUUAUUUUAAAACGAAAACAGGUAUACUUUUUCUGUCUAAAUCAAGAUGGGUGUACACCUUGUUGCUCAAAUGAGAUUGGGAAGCAAGUAAGAUAGUUUUGUGUUAUCUAGAUACACUUUCAUUACAUAGAAGCAUGUAUUUUGACUGAAAUAUGGAUGUGUAUUCCUGUCUUACACAUCAGCAACAUCAGUGACUCACUUUUGUAGUGAGAAUGCUGUUCUGAAAUCUAAAUUGCAGAGAUAGAUUCAUUUCCAUCUUCCUCCACCCGCUCUCCAUGCAUCUAUUUCAUGCUGUGUUUAGGGAACUAUCAGCAUACAUAGGAAUUACAGAGGAAGUAUAGGCUAGAUUAAUGGUUUUAUAGAAAAUCUGAAUUACUUAUAUGUUGUUUUCUUUUUUAUGUUUUUAUAAAGUAUUUUUGUAUCAGCAGAUGUGCUUUCAAUUUUCUUGAAUAACUGGAAAGAGCUGAUAAUACUAUUCAAGCAUGCUGUUAACUUUUGUUUCCAGAAGCUGGUAAAAUUGUGGUCAGGUUUUAGGUUCUAUUAGUGAAGGCAAGACCACCUCUGCAGGCCUGUAGGCUGGAUUCAGAUAGGUCUUUAAGAACUUCAGCACAUAUGCUGAUGUUUUUCCUUUUACAGUGAUAGAGAGGGCUCUUAGUUGGUAAAAUCACUCUCAAGCACAGAAAUUGCACAAAGCCUGUGCAGCAGGUUGGAUGCAGGCCCAAGAAAGAAAGUUCCUUCUUGUUUCUAACGGGCCUAUUUUGAUAAGCAUCCACAUCUCCUUAUUAGUUUAUAUCUUUAAACCAGGUCCCUGCUGAGAACGGAAUAUGGUAUGUCCCAGCAACUGUUGCAAAAAGCAAUGGAGUGCUGCUGCUAAGAAGCAGAUAACAUCUUCGCAAGAAAUACAGGUCAAGGAGGCUGAUGAAGGGGACAUCAAAACAUAGCAGAAAGUUCCUGAAGUGUGUGCAUCAGAGCAUGGGAGGACUGAGAGGAGCUGAUGCCUGGUAUGGGAAGAGAGAGAAGAAGCAUUUAGCAAAAAGGACCAGGAGGAAGCUAGAGACUGAAUAAGGGACAUCCUCCACUGAUCCUUAUAACUUUCUUACUGAGUCUCUGCUUUGGAAUGGUGAAGGAGUUAAUAAUAAUGUUGGAUGAGAUGGCUCUGCUCAGCAAAGUUCCAGGAGCACCAGCUAACAACCUGCCUUAUUGGUAAUCUGUACUUAUGCAUUAAUAAAUAGGCAUUUUAUUUCUUCAGAGUGCAAUGCCUUAGGGUGUUUUAAGUAGUAUAAUUAGUUUGCUAUUAAAUAGGCAAAUAUGUUAUUCCUUUAUAUAUAUAUAGAAAGAUAGCAAGACUAGAAAGAUAGUUACCUUUUGCAAAACAUAAACUACAUAAUUUUGUUGAAUAAUUUCAUGUUCAAACUUGAAAUGUCAGGAGCUGGAAGUUUAGAGGUUGCUUUGAGUCUAACAGCUACAGCCUCAGCUCAGCCUGCUGGAAAAGCUGUUUCUCUAGACUAGAUUUUGGCAGCAGGUUCUUAUACAAAUCAUAUAUUUAACAAUGUAUGACACAGCUUUUCAUUUUUCAGGGUAUUAGAUCCAUCCUGGAUUAGAUACGGAUUCUUUUUUUCCUAAUGACAUUAAUGUUUAGAAGCUGUUACAUACAUGUAUAUAUUAAUUAAAACAUAUUAGGAAUAUGGGAUGAUAGAAUGACUUUAGGACUUUCUUUCUUCCUCAGCUCUGUCCAGAAUCAGCUUAUCUUUAAAAUACUUGGUGGGCCUUUACACCCAAGAAAGGUGUCCAGAAAGAUGACUGAUCUCAGAUAAGAGCUGUGGCGUGUGUUACAUGGUUUGGUAAAUUUAAUUGAAACUGUGACCCACAGAGACAAUUGCUGUCUGGUGGUUUGGAAUUUUUUUGCAAGCUUGAGUGUAUUUAUGAAGAGGAAAUCUGGAGAAGCAUAUCCAUUACUAAAUGCAAUUAAAGGGGAGGGAAAAACAACAGCAACUUACUGCAAUUCUUGUAAAGAGCUUUGCUAAACUCCUGGGAAUAAAAGCCGCUGAUGCUUCUGGUUCCAGAAUUGUUCUUAAUGAUCUUAUUACUCUGUUCUCUGUUCUAGUGAACUUCCCUUGAUUCUAAAAAUCAUCAGACACAUAGAACACUUUUGCAGACAGAUGGAGAAGCAAACUCUGAGGGCUUUUCAGUCCAGGCACCUUGGAAGAGGAAUAUCCAGCACCAAAUUUCUGUAGAUCAGAGGGUGCUUAUGCAGACUAUUGACUGGACUGUUUUUCAGAAGACAGGAUUUUGUGCUGUACUUGAAAGCUGUGCGUGUAUAUUUGAAUAGCACAGCUUUAGCUGUUUGUAAAGUCUCUUUAUUAUUUAUUGUAAGUUCUGAUGUGGUUAGACACUCUGUCAUAAAUAUUUCCUUGUCUCAUUUAUUGUAUCGAACUUCAGUGCGCCCAGGAAUCAAAGAGUUCAGGGUGAUUCUAAGGACACAAAGAACUUGAAAGGCUGCUUGCUCAUCAUGUCUUCUAUUCUUGGGAAGAUGAAGAAAGUUGGCAGUUCUGACAUGGAGGAAUCUGAAGCGACAGAUGAACACACAGAUGGGGAGGACUCCACGCUGGAAACGCCUGAUAGCUUCCAGAGUACACUCGGCACCAAGGUCCAGCCACCCAAAAGCAACAUCUUUGCAAGACGUGGGAGGUUUGUGAUGGGGGAUAGUGAUAAGGACAUGGCUCCCAUGGACUCCUUGUACCAGAUGGAUCACCUGUUGGCACCUUCUGUCAUCAAAUUUCAUGCCAAUUUGGAAAGGGGGAAACUUCACAAGCUCCUAUCUACAGAUUCCAUCACAGGCUGCUCAGAAAAGGCUUUUAAAUUUUAUGACCGCAGAAGGAUCUUUGAUGCUGUAGCCCAAGGCAACACAAGGGACCUGGAUGAUCUGCUGCUCUACCUUAAUAGAACCUUGAAGCAUCUCACAGAUGAUGAGUUCAAAGAGCCAGAAACUGGGAAAACCUGCUUACUGAAAGCCAUGCUGAAUCUACAUGAUGGGAAAAAUGACACUAUUCCCUUGCUGCUGGAUAUUGCAAAGAAAACUGGAACUCUGAAAGAGUUUGUUAACGCAGAGUAUACGGACAAUUACUACAAGGGCCAGACUGCACUUCACAUCGCCAUUGAGAGAAGGAACAUGUACCUGGUGAAGCUCUUGGUCCAGAAUGGAGCAGACGUUCAUGCAAGAGCCUGUGGGGAGUUCUUCAGGAAAAUCAAAGGGAAACCUGGCUUUUAUUUUGGGGAGCUGCCUCUGUCCCUGGCUGCCUGCACCAACCAGCUUUGCAUUGUGAAAUUCCUCCUUGAGAAUCCCUAUCAGGCUGCCAACAUCGCUGCUGAGGACUCCAUGGGCAACAUGGUCCUUCACACACUGGUGGAGAUUGCAGAUAAUACUAAGGAUAAUACCAAGUUUGUUACCAAGAUGUACAAUAACAUAUUGAUCCUUGGUGCCAAAAUUAAUCCAAUCCUGAAGCUAGAAGAACUCACCAACAAGAAAGGGCUGACUCCUUUAACUCUGGCAGCCAAAACAGGGAAGAUAGGGAUUUUCGCUUACAUCCUCAGACGAGAGAUCAAAGAUCCUGAGUGCAGACAUUUGUCUAGGAAGUUCACUGAAUGGGCUUAUGGACCUGUCCACUCAUCCCUUUAUGACCUGUCCUGUAUAGACACAUGUGAAAAAAAUUCAGUGCUUGAGAUUAUUGCCUACAGCAGUGAAACCCCAAACCGUCAUGAGAUGCUGCUGGUGGAACCCCUUAACAGGCUGUUACAAGACAAGUGGGACCGGUUUGUCAAACACUUAUUUUACUUCAACUUCUUUGUCUAUACCCUGCACAUUAUCAUCCUCACUGCAGCAGCCUACUACAGACCUGUAGAGAAGAAAGAGAAGCCUCCCUUCACAUUUGGUCACAGCACUGGGGAAUAUUUUCGAGUGACGGGAGAGAUCCUGAGUGUAUUGGGAGGUCUCUAUUUUUUUCUCAGAGGGAUACAGUAUUUUGUGCAGAGGCGCCCGUCAUUCAGGACACUGAUAGUUGACAGCUACAGUGAGGUUCUUUUCUUUGUUCACUCCUUGCUCCUCCUGAGCUCUGUGGUGCUGUACUUCUGUGGCCAGGAACUGUAUGUGGCUUCCAUGGUCUUCUCCUUGGCACUGGGCUGGGCAAACAUGCUGUACUACACCCGUGGCUUCCAGCAGAUGGGUAUUUACUCUGUCAUGAUUGCUAAGAUGAUCCUUAGAGAUUUAUGUCGCUUCAUGUUUGUCUAUCUAGUAUUCCUCUUGGGAUUUUCUACAGCUGUGGUGACUUUAAUUGAAGAUGACAAUGAGGGGCAGGAUACAAAUAGCUCUGAAUAUUCCCGAUGCUGCCAUGUGAAACGAGGCCGCACAUCCUACAAUAGUCUGUAUUAUACCUGCUUGGAGCUCUUCAAGUUCACUAUUGGGAUGGGGGACCUGGAGUUCACAGAGAACUACAGGUUCAAGUCAGUGUUUGUCAUCCUUUUGGUUCUUUAUGUCAUCCUUACGUACAUCCUCCUGCUCAACAUGCUUAUUGCACUGAUGGGGGAAACUGUGAGCAAAAUCGCACAGGAGAGCAAGAGCAUCUGGAAACUCCAGAGAGCUAUCACAAUCUUGGAUAUUGAGAACAGCUACUUGAACUGUGUGAGGCGCUCAUUCCGAUCUGGGAAGCAAGUCUUGGUCGGGGUCACACCUGAUGGCCAAGAUGAUUACAGAUGGUGCUUUAGGGUUGAUGAAGUGAACUGGUCCACGUGGAACACUAAUUUGGGCAUAAUCAAUGAAGACCCUGGGUGCUCUGGGGACCUCAAACGAAAUCCCAGUUACUCUAUUAAGCCUGGCAGAGUUUCAGGGAAAAACUGGAAAACAUUGGUUCCGCUUUUAAGAGAUGGAAGCAGGAGAGAAGAGACACAAAAACUACCAGAAGAAGUCAAAUUAAAACCUAUUUUGGAACCUUAUUAUGAGCCAGAAUAUUCUGAGAUGUUGAAGGAAUCACUUCCAAAGUCAGUCUAAUCUUAUGUUAUUUUUCAGAAGGUUAAUUGUAGUUGCCUUUGUUGGUUCUCACAAGCAGGACAACUAAAGCACUUUGUUCAUAAGAACAGGGAUUUCUGGAAAAAGAUAGAGGAUUGGGGAAAUUACAGUGUGCAAGGAUUCAUAAAAUACGCUAAAUAAACUACCUGUUGUUUAA